AUGAUCAGCAGCAACAGUUCGUCGACGAGUUUGAACGUCGAAAACGAUCAUCAUCAUCAUCAUCACUUUCCGGCGAACGGAAAAAAGCCGUUGAAGGAGGGAUCUGUUCAGUUGACGUCUCUCUCCACACUUCUCUCACAUCAUCGAUAUUUCUUCCUCUAUCAUGAAACACUGAUUAUUUCAAAACAAAAGUGAGCUUUUUCGUUGUUGCCUUGUCACACGGUCUCGCACGGCGCGAAUGAUGAUUCAAUGGGGCGCACUUGCAACAGGCGGGCUGUGUCGAUUUACGCCGAUUAAUUAAUUUUCAACGGGAGUUCGCGCGUUCUUUCCAUGUUUCCUGUACAAUACACCUGCUUUUUGUACGCCUGGAACCUGGCGUCGAAUAAUUAGAGCACUAGCUACGUUUUGGUAACAGAAAUCUCGCAUAUCGUUGAGAAUUAGCCGAGUUAUUUCGAUUUGAACGUUUUGGCCUGGAUUUUGAUGUUUUUCGAAUAGUUUUCGAAAAGUGCUCAAUAAAACUAACCGCCGGAACCUGAAUUUUGUGAAGAAAGAUUCAGCGAACAUUUUUAUCGUUUGUUGAGCUCAUGAAAUGCAAAAUGAGCUGAAAUAUAAAGGUUUGAAGUUUUGACGAAAUGCGAAAAAGACGCUAAAAACAUGAAAAACUCUAAAUUCUGUAAAUAACGGUUUCCAACUAGCAAAAUAUUGUUUUCUAGACGUUUUUCAAGACAAAAAGAAAGAAAUAAAGGUCGUAAACUCGAAUUUAACUGCAUUUUUAGACCUGCAAAUUUUCAAAAGUCACAACGACACUCCGCAAUUUACGAGCGCACUGUGUUUAGCAUUAGCGCCCCCUGGGAGACCGUGUUGUUCACGGUCUCCAGAGCUGACAAUAUGGGCGUGGCCUCGGCGGCCAAAUGGCAUUUUCAUGAAUUGAGCAGGUUUUCUCUGAUUUUUGUGGUCAACGACGAUGAAAAAUAAUUGUUCGGCAUGAAAACACGCUAAUUCUCAGAAUUAAUGACGUUUUGGCGCAUUUUUCGUGGACUUUGCUUUUUUGCUUCGCCGCCUAAAAACCGCACUUCUCAUUUUGCGCUUUCUUGACCGUUUUUCGACAGCAUUGGUUUUGAGAAUGAUAAAUCACAUAAAUACAAGCAUUUUGAGCGCUCGAACAGCGAAAAUUACCGAAAAGCAACUGAAAUUUACGCAGUUUUAGCCAAAAACCUUCAAACGGAUAAAUUUGAUUUGCGACUUGACCAAAUUUAACGCUCUUUCGCUUAAAAAAUUCGUAAUAGCCCUAUACAAUCGGUCUAUCGAGAGACAAAUGAGAAAUUAUCGGUUUUUCGUGGUUAAUAUGGCAAAAAACACAAAUUUUGCAGUUAAAAUUUGAAUUUCGCGCCAAUGUAUCGCUCUAUUGGGCGGGGCGCACUUGCGCGCCCAUUGUAAGCUCUGGAAAACCUGAAAUAUCUCAGCGGCGGGUAGAGGUAUCAAAAAGUGGUCAACUGAGAAAACGUUCAUUAUAACGUUCAGCACAUUUUUCCAGUUGACCACUUUUUGAUAUCUCUACCCGCAUAGUCAUGACUAUAACAUUAUUUCAGAGGCGCCUGCUCGUACAAACUCAAAGAGAAGCUAAAACUCGAAAAAGUGUGGAUCGCGUCGAGCAACACGGCCGACUCGUUCCUCAUCGGCUGGCCGUUCACCAACUACCUGGUCCACUUUCGGUACGGUCGCCCCAGUCCACACCGUAAUCCUGUAGUGGCAUAACUUGCAGAAACUCGGACGAGAAGGAUGAGUGGUUCGAGCUGCUUUCGUGCUGUGUUCAGCAGUGCCUCCGCCCGCUCUUCACCACAAUCUCGAUGGAUAUCAAUGUGAGGGGAAGGAAGCAGGUACGGUGGCCACGUGUCUUUCUUUUUUUUUCCCCCACAAAUACUUCUCACAGACGAUCCGCCGACGAGUGGACAAUGGCAAAAAGUCGGGCGAGAUUGUGGUGGAUACGGCCGGCGAUUUGGGCCUUCCGCACACGUCCUAUCAGCUGACACUGUCUGUCGGUGAGUAGUUCGUCGUCAGUCAGCGACGUUUUGCAACUGAACUGAACACACAUUUCGCAACCGUCAGGCGACAACUCGAACCGCUCGCUGCAAGGCCCCGAAAAUGUGUACGUGGCGAUUAUGAGCGAGAUUGAGCGGCAAGGGACGCGGCUCUCGGAGAGCCAGAAACAGUCGCUGGACACGUGUCCGAUCGCCAACUGCCGACUCAUUCUCUCGACGAUCAAAUCGACGACGGGACCGUCGGCCAAGCAGAUCGUCAAUAGCAUCAAGUACAAUCAUUUCUAUCGUUUUCCUUUAUAACAAUUUCAAAACGAUUUAUCUCGGCUCUCGGUGGAGGUAGCGAACAAUUGUGAACUGAUAAAAUGUACGCAAGAUUUUGGGGAGCAUUUUAUCAGUUGACAACUUUUUGAUAUCUACAUCGGCGGCUGAGAUAUACGGCAUUUUUCAAUGAUGACAAUUUUUUGUUUUCUGCAGAAAGAAAGUGCUCACUCGAUCGGACAGCCGCUCAAUUUUUGGCAAAGAACUGAACGGUCCGACGCCGCCGCAACCCAUAAUGACUAUUGUCGAUCACCUGCGAAUGGACGGCUUCGACGCGGAGGGCAUCUUUCGCAAAUCGCCCAAACAGAGCACUUUCAAAGAGCUGAAAGGCGAGCUGGACAAGGGUGUGGUGCCGGACUUUCACAAGUACAACACCCACGUGUUGGCGUCGAUUCUCAAAGAGUAUCUGCGAAGCAUUCCGGGCAAAAUUCUGCUCUCCGGAAACUACGAGCUGUGGAUGCGCGAGGUGACCGACGAGCCGGACCAGGAGCGGAAGAUCGGCUCGUGCAGAGCGCUCCUCUCGCACCUGCCCACCUCGCACUCGAUCCUUCUGGCCAACGUGCUCAAGUUGCUCAACCGGGUCUCGAACUCGCCGAGCUCGAAAAUGAACGCCUCGUCGCUGUCGGUGUGUCUGGCGCCGAGCUUCCUCGAGAGCCCCGAUCCGAUGGAGGGCGGCAAGAAGAUUCCGCCGCUCGUCGAGUUUCUCGUCUCGAACGCCGCCCAAGUGAUGCCGUGCUUCUCCACCGACAACGUCUUCGCCAUUAUGAGCUCGCCGAUGGUCGACCACAAUGCGAAUAUGGUGUGCUCGCCGGCGCCGAGCUCGUCGAACUCGGACGAGGGCGGCAGCUCGCAGAGGACGCCGAUUAUCGAGGAGUUGAACGGUGGGUGAAGUCAAGUUGCGAGCAUUUCGCAACUAGAAUCGUUCUUCAGAAGGCGACGACGCCACGUCCCAAUCCUCGCUGGCCGAAUCCGAUCUUCCCGAUGAGCCACGUGGAAACUCUGCGCAUCUGGAGACGAUAUCGGAAAUCUCGGAGCCGCCGACAGCCGACGAACGCCUCACUUUCUCGUCUUCGGAUUCGGAAGACGACGACGAGGACGACAUGUUUCGGCCGCAGGGACCCUCCUCCUACUCGCGAACCUCGUUCGUCUCGGAGACAUUACGGAGUUCAUCGGACGAAAUGGACAAGGCGCUCAACAAGGAAACGCCCCGGUCGCCGUGCCUCAAACGCAUCCAUUUUCAGAGGACCGAGGCGCAGCACAGGUGAGUGGGCGGAGAGCAGAGCGGAGCGGAAGAGCUCAACGGAAGAACUCGGAAGAAUUUUUAUCUUUUAUAGAAAAUUUUUUCAUCGAAUGUGAUCAACAGAUGAAAUGUAUAGCAAUGUGAACUCUGCUCAUAGAAAAAUAGUUGCAAAAUUUAGCUUUUCUUACAAAAAAGUUAUGCGAGUUUUUGCGUGAAAAUGUCCUUCCGUCUUCCGUUAGCCCUUUCGCACGGAACAACUCGAAUAACUUUUUUGUAUGAAAAGCUAAAUUUACAAUUAUUAUUUUGUGAGCAUCACGGCCUCCAGACAGAGUUGAGCGGAAGAACUCAACGGAAGAAAACGGAAGAAUUUUUAUCUUUUUUAGAAAAUUUUUUCAUGAAAUGUGAUCAACUGACGAAAUGUAUAGCAAAGUGAACUCUGCUCACAAAAAAAUAAUUGUAAAUUUAACUUUUCAUACAAAAAAGUUAUUCGAGUUGUUCCGUGAAAAAAGGGCUAACGGAAGGACAACGGAAGACGGAAGGACAUUUUCACGGAACAACUCGAAUAACUUUUUUGUAUGAAAAUCUAAAUUUACAAUUAUUUUUUUAUCAACAGAGUUCUCUUUGCUAUACAUUUCGUCAGUUGAUCACAUUUCAUGAAAAAAUUUUCUGAAAAAGAUAAAAAUUCUUCCGUUUUCUUCCGUUGAGUUCUUCCGCUCAACUCUGCCUCCAGAGCUGACAAUGGGCGCAAGUGCGCCCCGCCCAAUAGAGCGAUACAUUGGCGCGAAAUUCAAAUAAUUAACAGCCAAAUUCGCGUUUUUUGCCAAAUUAGCCACGAAAAACCGAUAAUUUCUCAUUUGUUUCUCGAUAGACUGAUUGUAUAGGCUAUUACGAAUUUUUUAAGCGUAAGAGCGUUAAAUUUGGUCAAGUCACAAAUCACAUUUAUUUGUUUGAAGGUUUUUGGCUAAAACUGCGUGAAUUUCAGUUUUUGGUAAUUUUCGCGGUUCGAGCGCUCAAAAUGCUUGUAUUUACGUGAUUUAUCAUUCUCAAAACCAAUUCUGUCGGAAAACGGUCAAGAAAGCGCAAAAUGAGAAGUGCGGUUUUUAGGCGGCUAUCGGCGGCGAAGGCGAAAAAGCAAAAGUCCGCGAAAAAUGGCGCCAAAACGUCAUUAAUUCUGGGAAUUAGUGUGUUUUCAUGUCGAACAAUCAUUUUUCAUCGCCGUUGACCACAAAAAUCAGAGAAAACCUGCUCAAUUCAUGAAAACGCCAUUUGGCCGAGGCCACGCCCAUAUUGUCAGCUCUGGAGACCGUGAGCAGAGUUCACUUUGCUAUACAUUUCGUCAGUUGAUCACAUUCCAUGAAAAAAUUUUCUAAAAAAUGUAAAAAUUCUUCCGUGUUCUUCCGUUGAGUUCUUCCGCUCAACUCUGACGGAGAGAAUGGAGGCACCUAUAUAUCAGCAUGAUAUACUUUCAGAACAAAAGAGGGCACAAUCAAGUUGGACUUUGAGGCGAUGAAGUUCCGCGGCGGUCGCAAGAGCUCUCUGGAGGAGGUGGCGCGCAAGAACUCGGCCGAAUUCCUGGCACAGCACAGCCGAGAACCGAGCGACGCGCCGACGCCCACGCCGCCCAAAAACGGUGCGAACGUGCGGAAAGAGUCGCGCGAGGAGGCGACGCAGACUGCCGACUGCGGGCUUCCGAAGAUCUCCUCCGAUCAACGAUUCCCCGCGUUCAAGAGCAGCAGUGUCGCGUUGAGGAAUGAGGUGAGCGCAGAGGGAGUGUAAACGUUGGUGACAAAAUUGUCUUGCAGAUCCCCUACAAACCGCCGCCGGCUCAAUCGGCGAUCCCAGCGGACCCGGCCCCUCGUCACUACCACCUCAAAGACGAGUACACCCCUUCGGCCACAAAACCGACCGUCCAAGUGGCGCCGUUCUCGCAAGAGCCGAGCCUCAAAACGAUAAACGAUCGGCUGACGGCCCUUCGUCAAAACUCGCUGCUCGCGGAGCCGCCGAUCCCUCCGGAGCCGGUAAUGUCUCGGUUGCGAAGUGACGCGCGGUCGCUCACAAACAGUCCGAUUAUGACGAGAAGUUUCAUUGGCGGAGCUCAGAGGGAACGGGAAGAGUACAGUUUUACGCCGGACGGUAAGAAUAAGAAAAAUGGAAAGAAAUGUGAGUAAAAUUAAAACAAUUACAGAUUUCUACAAGGCUUGCCCGAAAAAGACAGAGCUCCAAAGGUCGUCAUCGCAGAGAGGAGUCUCGAAUAACAAUAAUAACAAUAAUAAUAAUGAGUGCGCCAAACAAAUUUAUCAGUACGUUUUAUUAAUCGAGCGUUGAAAAAUCGAUAAUUUCUCUGUUAAAUCUAUCCUUUUCUGAUGCGACAUGGACUUGGCGUGGCGUCAGACUCGGACGUAAAAACCGAGUGUUGUAACGCGCUUCACCCGCUCACGCCACGCCACGUCCAUGCUAACUAUCGGAUCAGAAAAUGAUCGCUUCAUUCUGCCCCGUAAUUUUCGUAAUUUAAAGGCGCCGCACUCAUUUUUCUUCCAUUCUUUCUAAUCGUUUUCGUUGCAGUUCACGUCCGUCGUCGGUCAAAACGGUGCGCCGAAAAAUCGAGCGCGGCGUGGAGGCGUGCGUCGGAAUGGAUCCGUUGGAGAUCAAUUGGAGCGUCAGCCAACUGAAGACGCUGUUCCAGGACACGAAAGCGCCGGCGAUCGACACUGUGUACACACAAGACUGA